AUGAUGGCUUCGUUGUCUUAUUCAGCACGAAGAAUACUCGAUGUUCCCCGUUAUAUAUCUAAAUUAAUGGCAUAUUCACAAGCCCGAAAAAUAAAUUCCACAUCAUCAACAUCAGCCAGGAGUAACACAGAGUAUCAAGUCGUCAGCUUAAAGGAGCGACCCGAUCUUCGCGCAUCUUACAAUAAACUCAGUGUUGACUCAUGGCCUAAGUUUUUCGAACUAGAUCCUCAGGAAAAAGUAGAGGAUAUUUUAUUCAAAGACUGGAGUCAAUAUCAGGUAGCGGUACUGAGUAAAGCAGGGAAGCUGUUAGGCAUCGGGUUAUCAGUUCCAUUAUUCUGGGAUGGUAGCCUUCAUACACUACCGUCCGGAUGGGAAGCAGCUAAGCAAAAAGGUAUCGAGGAUCUAGUCGCUGGGAAGACCCCCACAGCAAUCACAGCUUUCGCAAUUCUGGUUGACAAAAUGGUAAAUAAUCAAGGAAUGAGUGGUAUGAUACUUCAGGCGAUGCUGAAUAUGACUCGUUCUCAUGGCUUUCAUUCGCUCAUGUCAUGUGCGCGUCCUAUUCUCAAAGUUAAAUACCCUCUAAUUCCUAUAGAGCAGUAUGCAUACUGGACUAAUGCAUUUGGUGAACCAUUUGAUCCGUGGGUACGUUUGCAUUGGCGCUUAGGAGCCAAGCUUGUAGGCGUUUCGCCAUUGUCUUCAACCUAUCAAGGUACAGUAUCUCAGUGGGAAAAGUGCACGAAUAUGAAGUUUCCUGCAAGUGGCCAAUACAUUAUCAACGACGGUCUCACGCCUCUAAUCAUUAAUCGCGAACAGAAUUUUGGCACCUAUUACGACCCUAACGUGUGGAUGUUAUUCCGUACCUCAUCAGCCACUACCUAA